GAUGUUCUCUCCCCUUCUCAGUGAAGACCAUGUGUCUGUUCCUUUACUUAUUUAUAAGGUAGUAGGUUACACGGGUUUGUAGGGAGUCUCUAUGGUUGCUGUAAGCCGUGCACACACAGCUUAAGUUCAUGUGUGUGUGUCUCAUGACGUCGCAGCUGCUGAAUCUGGUUUGGCAGGAUUUCUGAGGAAAGAGUGAGCAGUCACAGGCAGUAGGAAAAAGGAGCUGAAAAGCUGGAACUAGCUUUUCCUUUUACUACAUUCAACUUCACUGCUGCCUCAUUCGUCUUCUCCAGCUGGUUGGGACCUAUUGGGUGUUUGAGUGACAUUUCAGCACCGGGUCCAGGUCUAAAGUUUGUCUGCAGCAUCUAAUAAACUAAACAGAAAUGCAGCUUUGGAAACUCUGAGUUCAGAAAACUGCAUUUUGACUGGGCACACUGCCAGGGAGCCAUAACCUCAGGACGAAGGGGCUACAUCUCUGAGGGAGCAGCAGCAGCAGCAGGGAUGAACUGGUCAGGUCUGGAGAAUCUGCUGAGUGGAGUCAAUAAGUACUCCACGGCAUUCGGGCGGAUUUGGCUGUCCAUGGUGUUUGUGUUCCGCGUGCUGGUGUUCGUGGUGGCAGCGCAGAAGGUGUGGGGCGACGAGAGCAAAGACUUUGUGUGUAACACCAAACAGCCCGGCUGUACCAACGUCUGCUACGACCACAUCUUCCCCAUCUCCCACAUCCGCCUGUGGGCCCUGCAGCUCAUCUUUGUCACCUGCCCGUCUCUGAUGGUGAUGGCUCACGUUAAGUACCGCGAAGGCAAGGACAGCAAAUACGUCAAGGAGCACCAGGGCUCGCACCUGUACGCCAACCCUGGCAAGAAGAGAGGGGGCCUGUGGUGGACAUACCUGCUGAGUUUGAUCUUCAAAGCCGGAUUCGACUCAGCUUUUCUCUAUAUCCUGUAUCGGAUAUAUCACAGAUAUGACCUUCCCAGGCUGUCCAAGUGCGAGCUGUUCCCAUGCCCCAACACCGUUGACUGCUUCAUCAGUCGUCCAACAGAGAAGAAGAUCUUCAUGUUGUUCAUGGUGGCGUCCAGCGCGGUGUGCAUCCUCAUGUGUGUCCUCGAAAUGAUUUACCUCAUUGUCAAGCGCAUCAUCAAAAUAUUAAAGAUCCAACAUGAGAAAGAGAGGCUCGCGUUCGCUGAGCAACACGAGCUCUCGGCCAUUUCUCCGUCCCAGCACAGGAGCAGGAGGGAUCCAACACUGACAGACAGCGAGCUGAGCUUAAACAAGAGGAAGGAGGCUAAAACUACGGUGCUCUAGCACCUGCAAGUCUGUGAUGAUGGCAGGCCAGCAGGAACACAAACUACCCCAAACUGAUCCAAAAGGGUUGCUCCUGUUGAUUACGAUCCUCCAGCUGCAUAUGAAGCAUCCAUGACUCUCAGCUGGGUUCCAGCUGCUGACUGGAAAACACUGCUGAAGAAGAGGACCGCCCGCGGUCUCAGAUUUCUGUGUGCCGUAGAGCUAUGAGGACAAAUAUUCAGGUUAUUCUGUCUGCAACAUAAAUCAAAUCUGAUUUUGGGUUAUUGUUUAAUGAAUCUGCAGCAAUACUGUAUUUAAUUAACUGUCCCACAUCGUUAGACAUGCUGCAGAUUACACCGCUCGCCGUCUUCAUUUGCGGUGGCAGGAUUAUUAAUUGUCAGACUUAGAGAAAAAAAAAUGCCUGCGGCACUCCAUGCACUCAUAUUUCUGAUACUAAUGGGACCAAAGUGAGACUGGGAAUGCAAUGAGCUGUUAAAGUGUGGAGUUAUUUAUUAAGGUUUAACUGUUUCCUGCCUGAAAGCUGCUCAGAAUAAAGGUUCUUAUGUUUCUACACAGAAAAAGAUGACUGGAGUAGUGAAGCUCUACAGGCUGUUAGUUUGUAAAUGCAUGCUGGGCAAGGGUUAACGAGGGUUAUCUGUUUAUUAAGCCACGAGGUAUACGGUGCAUUUUGACACAUAGGUAUUGCAGUAAAACUUCAAUCUUGAUGAGUACCUAACCAGAGGUGGUUUGCAAGGCCCUUUCUUAGACAAGUGGCCCUUCUAUCGAGAAAAAAAAUGCACUUCUCUGAGAUCUAAUUUUAAAUCCAUCCAUCCAGAUACACUGUAAACCCCGAUUUUUUUUUUUAGCAGGUCCAAAACUUGAUGAUAUCAAGUUGUUUGAAC